AAACAAACAAGUUUUUUGUUAUUGGUUAGUAUAAUUAUUUAAAUAAUUGGAUUAUUUUGAAAAUAUUUGUUUUUUCCAUGUUAGCGUUUAAAGCGUUUAGCCGUGAAAAUGGGUGAAAACUUGGAGAUCACCUAUGAUUUCAAAGAUAAUUUUUAUACAGUUGUUGGUAAUGGAGAAUUCCAUUAUCGGCUUCAGAAUGAUUCAGACUUUUCUGAUGAAUAUUUUGCAAGUCUCACCAAAAAAAACUAUUUUCCGAUAGACAGUGUUGAUUCACAAGGAUGCCAACAAAAAUCAAAUAAUCAGUGUGACAUAGGAAAUAAACAAAAUACUGGUUUUGGUGCUAGCUGUGACCCUACUCCCAGUACAAGUACUGACUUUCAAUCAUUGUGGUCAUCAUGUUCAGAUAUUGAAACCAAUCCAAAAACUGAAUUCAAAUGGACCAAACAGGUUACAUUGCUUCUUUUGAAUUUAUACAAGGAAAAAAAUGAACAAUUCCGAAAUUCAAAAAUAAAAAAUAAAGAUAUUUGGUCAAAAAUAUUAAAAGAAUUUCAAAACAAAGGGUACAUUGUCACAAUAGAUCUGUUAGACAGAAAAUUCAGGAAUAUGAAAAAAACCUAUAAAGACAAUAAAGAUAAAAAAAAAGACUACUGGGGAAUCAUCCAUAACAUGGGAAUAUUUUGAAAUUAUGGAUGAGAUCUUUUUCAAUGAUAAAACAAUGAACCCAACAACCACAAUAUCUUCAAUGGAACCAGUUCUAAAAAAUUCCAAAGUAAAUUUAAACUCUGAAGUUAGUACAAUCGUUAAAGUAUCGGACAAGGAGAAUCAGGAACCAAAAGUGGAGAAAAAAUCCGAAAAAGAACUGACAAAAGUCAUUAAAGCGAAAAGAGUCAAGCAUCUAUAUGAUCAUCGAAAAAAAAUACAGGAAAUAGAAAAUCAAAGAUUAGAAGAGGUGCAAAAAUUGAGACAAGCAAUACAGAGAAACAAUAAUAUUCAAGAAGAAAGGAAUGAACUUUUAAGGCAAAUGCUGUCGAGAAAUUGAACUAGUUAGAUAGUUACUUAUAUACAUGUAUUUCUUUUCCUAUUCUAUAAUGUAUGUAAAUUGUUGUGGAUUUAAGUUUAGGUGCUGUAGAAGUUUGUUAAUGUUAAUUUAUUAUUCCUAUUUGUUUCUGGAAAAAACCGGUAAGUUUAAGCGUUGAAUACCUAAGUAAUAUAGUUUUUUUUUCAGUUCCUAUAUUCUGUGAUACCUCUAGGUUUGAAUUGAAGUUAUUUUAGUUUAUUUUUGUAAACUCUUUUAACAACCUAGUCUUGAAAUAUGCAAUAGGUACCUAGUACAGCUAAAUACUUUGGAUAGUUAGGUGCCAUUGUGAUAAAAAGAAGUAGUACUACAAAAAUCUCCUCUCUGAUGUCUGCCUGUAUUAAUAUGCCAUUGCUCAAAUCCAAAAUAUUAAAAUGUUGAUUUUCUGGAUCCUUUUUUUUAUCGCAAUGAUACUUGUUUUUCUGUUCCUCUGUAAGCUGUAUUAUUUUGUUUGAAUAUGUUUAUUUUUUGUUUGUUUGAUAAUCUCAAGUUUUUUUUUGACAAAAGAAGUUAAUUUAGGCCGGAAUUACCUAAAUCCUUAAUUCUUUGUAUUUGUCCUUAAUUCUUAAUUCCUAAUUUAUUUAACAUUGAG